AAUCUCCCCUUCCAAGUGCCAAAUGCAUCGGGGAAAUGCAAACAUGCAAAAAAUAGCGCUCAUCGACAUAUAAAUUAUUCAAAAUAAAUAUCGCACCUGCAAUUUUCCGUCGCAUGUUUGUUUUUUCGUUCCAAACAUUUGGAUUGUGAAUUAAUGAUAAGUUUCGUCAUAUUUUUUUUUUCUUUCGGAGGAAAUUUCGCGCUUCUUCGGAACUAUAGAUAAACGCUGUCAUCUAAUAUUCAUGGGAAGCUUUUGUGUACUGAAGGAGCGAUCGAUGAAGCUCCGGCGAAACAUUAUCUUAUGAUCCGUCGUCGAGGACGUGCGAGUGUAGCUUUAUUUCGGAGACGAGGACAUUCAUUUUUAUUAAAGUUUUUUCGCAUUAUUAUAACUCAUUGGUUCAUUAAUCCGCGGAUCGUCCUAAUCAGCAAUCGGCAGAAUUUCUUGGACAUCUGGCGAUUAAGUAGAUGCCAAUUAUUCAUUAGUUUUCUCAUUUAUCAACUGUCGGAUUAAAUCCGAUAAUAUUCGAAAUUACUGGUAAUUUUAUUUAUUUAUAAUUGAAAUAGUUUAAUUUUCGUGAUCGAUCCUCAUGGAUUUUUUACAAAUAUCUCUGAAUCUAAGAAAGCUAAUGAUAUUUUUGUAAUUACAUUUUUUGUAGUACUUAAUUCGUCCCACAAAAAAUAUUCUGAUGAAAAAAUUUGUGUCUUUUUUAGAUCUCAAUCUCAAAAUUAUUUAAAAUUCUAGGGAGGACGGGUUUGAAUUGCGAAAAAAAGUCCGUUCGACCCUCGAAAAUUCACCUCUGGAGAUAAUCUCAAGCAAAAAAAUAAGAGGCCCAGAUUGUAAUUAACCUGGUACUUAACGCGUGCAACAAGACCUCUUGUUUGAAGCAAAGCAAGCAGAAAACCAACUGACGAACUGUCUUCACCUUCUGCAUCAGCAUAAUCAAGAUCAUCACUUGAAUAAGUUACGGACUUGAAUAAGUUUUAGCAAUUAUGGUGAAAGAGUUUCUCAAGUGUUGGUGUUUCGAGCAAGAACAAUCCACAAGUGAGAAAGAAAGUUUCGAGAAUUUGAGAAGAAUGGGCCCCAGUUGAUGCCAGGAACCGGGUAAAUGGAUGGAAGUGUAACGAAAUUGCUAGUUUCGAAAUGCACCGCAUCAUGAUAAUAUUCGUCAGCGAGUGAUUGUUAAUAUCCACGUUAAUUAGUGUAAUCAAUGAAGGAGGAGGAAACCGUUCCGGAAUCCCAAUGUGGAAUCACCAGUGCCAAACGCAACUCUCACCGAUCAUCAAGACUUUAUCUGAAAUUAAAUGUGGUGAUUGUGUUGACAACUUUCUGCAUGCAGAUACAUGCUUAUGAAGAUCUCCAUAAUCUGACGAUGGACGGGUUUGGAGACGGUGAAGAGGACAUAUCGAUGCGAGCUCCUUCUAGAAUAUCUGUUGUGUACAAUAGCUCAACGAAUUCCUCGAGAUCAUCUGACGGGUUUGACUCAAGGAAAACAAGACGUAAGCGAAGUGUUGUGCACUUAUACAACAUGGUCGUAUGUGCAACCGGGUGCAAUCCUCUAGCUUACAAAGGAUACGGUUGUUAUUGUGGCUUUUUAGGGUCUGGAUAUCCCGUCGACGGAAUUGAUCGAUGCUGCUGGAUGCAUGACCGAUGCUAUGAUGCAACUGGUUGUCCGACCUUUUCCGAAUAUUUUAUCCCAUACUACUGGAAAUGUUAUCGCGGCCAUCUACCAAUCUGUGGUCAGUUUUGCCUAACUUACCUGUCUUACAAUAAGCUAUCCUCCAUGGAAGCUGGGGUGGUCCUGGCUCCUGCGCCCAGCGCCUGUGCGAGUGCGACCGAGCCUUAUCAAAAUGUUUGCGAAGGUAUCCUUGUCCCUCUUCAAAAGCUGUCUGCACAUCCUCUCCGUUCCGACUUGUCCAGAAUAUCUUCAUGAUUCUUUAGAAGAAAGGGCCGACAUCACCAACACUCCGAGGUUUUUAUAUUCAUGUUAACAAAAUGUUUAUUUACAAGUAUUUAUAGCCAUUACCUAGUUCAUAUUAUGUAUAAACUCAUUAAAAAAAUGAACGAUAAGUCCAUCGGG